UAUCCGGGAUAAAGGACCCUUUUUGCAGAACAGAUCCUUUGGCAGCACAAAAAAUGAAGCUGGUACAUACACCAAUACCACAGUUCUCAUUGGAAUAGGAAAGCAGAAAGGCACCGGUACGGUAGUAGUCAGAUCAGUCAGUUUAUUGUUGUAUUCUUGGUAUUGCAACACAGAAAAGAAGGAGACGAUGAGGAUGUUGGCGUUGCAGAAGUUGCUGGUAGCGCUUUUCUUCUUCUUUAUCGGUGUCUCGGCACAGGAUGACACUGAUAUCAUUUGGUCAUCUACAGGCGGGGGAUGGCGAGCCAUGUUUGCAGACAUUGGAUAUGUCAAUGUAUUCCAACAAGCAGGCCUCAUGACGCAUAACUCGACACGCUUCUCGCAAGUGUCUACCGUUUCAGGAGGCUCCUGGUUUUCUACCCAACUCUUUUUCUCGCCAGAGUUCUACAACCAGACAGUCCUUGCCGAAACUCCCGAUGACUUGUAUGACUUUGUUGUCAGCUGGAUGAACACCUACUAUAAUAUUAGCACCGAUGUGGAUGAUGCAACCAGAUCCCAGUGUAACACAACCGAUUUGAAAGCUAGCGAAAACUAUGAUCCAGAACGAGACGUCGUUAGUGUUCUUCAAGACAUUUGCUACCUGUUGGUACAAUUCGACUUUGACUGGGCUUUGUUUAUCCAAGAAAUGAUGAGAGCGGCAUCAACCGACUUUGGGGAUCCGUCCUUUGUCGACACCAUUGCCUUGCCCGAGAAUCGCAUUGAACCCAUGCAAGAGGCGGAUCUACUCGUUCAGGCAGCCCUGGUUCCAGCCUCUAGGGUGCGACCCGACAACUAUGGCGAGGUGGACUGGACUACGGGUGUAUACUUUGGACAUGACAAUGACAAUGAUGACACGGCAAGCUUGUUCACCGUCGUUCUGUCAGCGGCCUAUAUCGUUGCCGACACGGGAUCCCGAUUCUGGUAUGGAUACGAAGAUAAAACCAGCGAGUUGCAGACAUAUGUUGCCCCAACACCAGCAAAGCACUCGUGGUCCGAUUGGGAGGACUUUUACCUGUGGCAAGGAGAUCCUACCACGGGGAAUCUUGAGAUCAACAAUACCGCAACUGUGAAAGCCACUUCCAAGGGGAUAUUUCGAACGCCCUUUGGAGGAUCAGAGGAAACGAACGUGAUUCAAGUGGCUUCCAUUAGCUCGGCGGCGGGCGGAAAUGGCUCUCCGCUGUCCCCAGUGGUCUACAAUCAAAUGCUCUCGAUCGGAGUCUUUGUGAUAGAGGAGAACUCGGUGAAAACAGUUUGGAGGGUGUUGGCUGGAAUUGCUGCGGGAGUUGGAGCUACCAUUGUGGGUUACUUUGUCGUGUCCUAUGUCGGCUUCAAUUGCCACUUGUGUGAAAAGCCCAUGAGUCACAAAAUGGGAAUCGGUAUUGGCAUCAUAUUCGGAGCAUUGAUUGGUCUCAUUACGGGUCUCUUCUAUGGCCUCGGCAGCAUUCUGAUCCCCACCAUCUAUGACAACGGGGUGGGUGCGAUCUACAAAAACUCAACCUUUGACAACUUUGCUAUUUGCAGUCAGUGGCCCAAUACGUGCGCGGAAGAGGACGGCUUUCUCAUUGACGGCUGGUUCAUUGACAACCCGGCCGUGGUGAUCAAUGUGGGUCACUACCAGCAAAAGAUUGGCGCUACGGAAAGCAAGGGGAAGACGGUCAAGCUCAUCAUCACCAACACCAAUGAAGAAUGGAACACUACAUUCAACUACGCCCAGUACUUGCAGUACUUUAGCACCUACUUCAACAAUAACAUUGGACCUGGGGAUUUUCUAUGGGCCCCAGGGUAUUGGGCUCCAUUUCGCUCUCCGCAGAUCUUUGAAGAGUAUCUGGACCAAAAGGGGCUAGAUGACUUGCUGGAACCGGUACCAAAUACCAACUUUACGACUGCGCUGCUCACAGGGACGACAAUCGACAAUCCAAGUUUCGGAGUCACUGCGGGUAUGUCGGUGGAGAUACUGCUGCUCAAUCUGAAUGAAAACAUUACAACCUUUGUCGUUGGGAAACAGGCUGUGGAAAAGUUUACGGAUCCACUUGCCAAUAUGACACGCAGCAUUGCUGCCAGUGAGGUGCUGGUUCAAAGGGUGCGCGACUUUGUGGGUUAGAGCUAUGCAUAUGUAAUGCAACUGUGUAAAAGAUAGAUGUUUGUGUGUUC